GAUAAAUUUUAUUUUCAAAGAAUUAUUUAAGAAAAAAUCAUUUUGCCGGCGCCGCGGCGUUGCCGUUGGCAUCUUCGAUUUCAUCGACACAAUACAAGAAACUACAAUAGGUUUAUACGGUUAUACAGUAUACCGUAUUCCAUUUCACUUCACCGUCUCCUUCUCUCUCCCUCUCUACUUCUCGAUUUGCUCGCACUUUCAUACACAAGACACUGCACAAAUGACGGCUCUAACCAGUUCAGUUGUGAUUUCGAAAGGCCCGGGGAUCGGCUUCUUGUCUGGUUCUUCUUUGAAGUCAGCAGAUCAAUGUGUGGGUCCAACCAACCUGGCCUUCAGUGUUAAGGGCACCAGGAGAUUGUCCACCCAGAGAAGGGCACUCAUUGUACAAGCAAGUUAUAGUGACAAUGGAAGACCAAGCAGCGCAAGUAUUUUUGUUGGUGGCUUUGUUUUGGGGGGCUUAAUUGUUGGCACCCUUGGUUGUGUUUAUGCACCUCAGAUUAGCAAUGCUUUGGCUGGAGCUGACAAAAAGGAUCUCAUGAAAAAGCUGCCCAAGUUUAUCUAUGAUGAAGAGAAAGCUUUGGAGAAGCAACGUAAGAAACUGGCUGAGAAGAUUGAACAGCUAAACAAUGCUAUAGAUAAUGUGUCCAAUCAGUUGCGAUCAGAAGAUCCACCAAACGGAGCAGCAGUGAGCUCAGAUGACAUCGAAGCUCUCAUCUAAGACUGUUGGUUGUUUACAACUGGACCUCUUAUAUACUGCCGCAUAAUUCAGAGGACAACUGCCACUGUAGAUGCUGUUGUUUGGUCCCUGAGCCCUCUUGUUGGUCAUUGAUAGUGCUACCUUUAUUAGUUUUCUGGACUUUGAUGAACAUAUGGCUCUCUAUCAAUGUUGAAGAUCGAACCAUUAAAGACGUAUAAGUAAUACAUUGUGUUUGUCAAUUCAGCUUUUCUCCUACAACUGCCCGUUACACACAUACUGGAAUUUGCUUUUUGAUUU